AUGGCUGCCGUGGAGCUAGUUCCGGGGCUGGUGACUUUCGAGGAGGUGGCUGUGUUUUUCACCGAGGAAGAGUGGGCUCUGCUGGACCCCGCUCAGAGAGCCCUCUACGGAGACGUCAUGCAGGAGAACUAUGAGAACGUGACCUCACUGGGUGAGGGGAUGGUGAGCGAGACCAUGGAGCAGAAUCCUCAGCAGGAAGAGGAGCAAGUGGAAGCGCAUGGGGCGUUGUUGCAAAGAUGCAAAGGGAGUGUGUCCAGGAGUUGUGAGCAGGGAAAAGGCUCUCAGGGGCAGCACAGGCCAGAGAAGCGGCAGGGAAACCAGCCAGCGCAGAAAGUUGGAAUAUCUGUUAAUUAUCGGGGAACUCACAAAGGCCUCAAGGAAACCACGGUGCAGCAGAGAAUCCUGACAGGAGAGAGAAAUAACACGGGCUUUGAGUGUGGGAAAAAGUUCAGGAGGCGCUCAUACCAUCAGAGAAUCCACACCCGAGUGAGACCCCAUGAAUGCCGCGAGUGCGGGAAAACCUUCGCUUGGAGCUCAACCCUUAUUGCACAUCAGAGGAUCCACACCGGAGAGAAACCCUAUAAAUGCCGUGAGUGCGGGAAAACCUUCGCUCGGAGCUCACACCUUAUUUCACAUCAGAGGAGCCACACAGGAGAGAAACCCUAUAAAUGCUGUGAGUGCGGGAAAACCUUCGCUUGGAGCUCAUCCCUUAUUUGCCAUCAGAGGAUCCACACAGGAGAGAAACCUUAUGAAUGCUGUGAGUGUGGGAAAACCUUCCCUCACAGCUCAACCCUUGUUAUACAUCAGAGGAGCCACACAGGAGAGAAACCUUAUGAAUGUUGUGAGUGCGGGAAAACCUUUGCUCAGAGCUCAAGCCUUAUUGCACAUAGGAGGAGCCACACAGGAGAAAAACCCUAUGAAUGCCAUGAGUGCGGGAAAACCUUUGCUCAGAGGUCAGGCCUUGUUACACAUCAGAGAAGCCACACAGGAGAGAAACCCUAUAAAUGCCGUGAGUGCGGGAAAACCUUUGCUCAGAGCUCACACCUUACUGCACAUCAGAGGAUCCACACAGGAGAGAAACCCUAUAAAUGCUGUGAGUGUGGGAAAACCUUCCAUCACAACUCUUCUCUUAUUUAUCACCAGAGAAGCUGCAAGGGAGAUAAACACCAUGAAAAUCUUGUCUAGGGUCUCAGAAAAGAUUGUUUUUUCCUUUUGCUAAUUCCCAAGUAGUGAACUUUAAGGCAGCAUUUGUGGCAUCUCAGCUCCUUCAGGUGAGUUGUCUGCUUUUCCCUUUUGCAGCUCACCUUUCCUUGGAGUGAAGCCCACAGUGUUUUUCAUCAACUCCUUUGUUCUGUGUCUUGGAAGUGUGUGUCCCUCCAACAGGAAUGUCUGUCAGCCCCAGGUGGGGGAACCAGGAGUGACCUUUACUCGGUACAUGGAGGUUAAAUCUACCUGGGCCUUGACUCCACUAGGGUUUUCCAUGGAGUUAGCUAGAUUGAGUUAGCAGUCCUGAUAUAAAAACACAACUAUUUUUUUCAAUAAAGAAAAUAGCCCAUAGAGCUGCCAGGGUAACGUAGCAAAUUUCCUCACCACCGGAUAUAACCUCCAUCACUUUUCCUAGUCUAACCAAAUUUGAAGCAUCACGUUUAUACUUUUCCUUCCACUGCACAGUGAUUGUUAGUCACCAGGACAGAUUGCCUCAUUCCCAGUUGUUCCCACGUUGCACUGGGUUCUGCUGAAUAGCAGUUGGGUUUUGUACCAUUUUUCUCCUAAGAACAUAAGAAUGGCCAUACUGGGUCAGACCAAAGGUCCAUCCAGCCCAGUAUCCUGUCUGCCGACAGUGGCCAAUGCCAGGUGCCUCAGAGGGAGUGAACCUAACAGGUAAUGAUCAAGUGAUCUCUCUCCUGCCAGCCAUCUCCACCCUCUGACAAACAGAGGCUAGGGACACCAUUCCUUACCUAUCCUGGAUAAUAGCCAUUAAUGGACUUAACCAUCAUGAAUUUAUCUAACAGGGUUUAAAAGAGAACUAUAGCCUUCACAACCUCCUCAGGCAAGGAGUUCCACAGGUUGACUGUGCGCUAUGUGAAGAAGAACUUCCUUUUAUUUGUUUUAAACCUGCUGCCCAUUAAUUUCAUUUGGUGGCCCCUAGUUCUUAUAUUAUUGGAACAAGUAAAUAACUUUUCCUUAUUCACUUUCUCCACAUCACUCAAGAUUUUAUAUACCUCUAUCAUAUCCCCCCCUUAGUCUCCUCUUUUCCAAGCUGAAAAGUUCUAGUCUCUUUAAUCUCUCCUCAUAUGGGACCCGUUCCAAACCCCUAAUCGUUUUAGUUGCCCUUCUCUGAACCUUUUCUAGUGCCAGUAUAUCUUUUUUGAGAUGAGGAGACCACACCUGUACGCAGUAUUCAAGAUGUGGGCGUAUCAUGGAUUUAUAUGGGGCAAUAAUAUAUUCUCUAUCCCCUUUUUAAUGAUUCCUAACAUCCUGUUUGCUUUUUUGACUGCCACUGCACACUGCGUGGACGUCUUCAGAGAACUAUCCACAAUGACUCCAAGAUCUCUUUCCUGAUUAGUUGUAGCUAAAUUAGCCCCCAUCAUAUUGCAUGUAUAGUUGGGGUUAUUUUUUCCAAUGUACAUUACUUUACAUUUAUCCACAUUAAAUU